CCUGGGAGCAGCGCGGAAUGCAGCCGCCUCUGCGGGAAAAUAUGCUGCGGGAACGGACCGUGCGGCUGCAGUACGGGAGCCGCGUGGAGGCGGUGUACGUGCUGGGCACGCAGCUCUGGACCGAUGUCUACAGUGCAGCACCUGCUGGGGCCAAAACCUUCAGCCUGAAGCACUCGGAGGGUGUGAAGGUGGAGGUCGUACGUGAUGGAGAGGCAGAGGAGGUGGUCACCAACGGCAAGCAGCGCUGGGCCCUGUCACCCAGCAGCACACUGCGGCUCAGUAUGGCCCAGGCCAGCACAGAGGCCAGCAGCGACAAGGUCACUGUCAACUACUAUGAAGAGGAGGGCAGCGCCCCCAUUGACCAGGCUGGGCUCUUCCUCACGGCCAUUGAGAUCUCGCUGGAUGUGGACGCAGAUCGGGAUGGAGAGGUGGAGAAGAACAAUCCUAAGAAGGCAUCCUGGACCUGGGGUCCUGAGGGCCAAGGGGCCAUCCUGCUGGUGAAUUGUGACCGAGACACACCCUGGUUGCCCAAGGAGGACUGUAGUGACGAAAAGGUCUACAGCAAGCAAGACCUCCAGGACAUGUCUCAGAUGAUCCUGCGCACCAAAGGCCCUGACCGCCUGCCCGCCGGGUAUGAAAUAGUCCUCUACAUCUCCAUGUCGGACUCGGACAAAGUGGGCGUCUUCUACGUGGAGAACCCGUUCUUUGGCCAGCGCUAUAUCCACAUCCUGGGCCGGCAGAAGCUCUACCACGUGGUCAAGUACACCGGCGGUUCUGCGGAGUUGCUGUUCUUCGUGGAAGGCCUCUGUUUCCCCGAUGAGAGUUUCUCAGGCCUGGUUUCUAUCCACGUCAGUCUGCUGGAGUAUAUGGCCGAGGGCAUCCCGUUGACCCCCAUCUUCACAGACACUGUGAUGUUCCGGAUUGCACCCUGGAUUAUGACCCCCAACAUCCUGCCUCCUGUGUCAGUGUUCGUGUGCUGCAUGAAGGACAAUUACCUGUUCCUGAAAGAGGUGAAGAACUUGGUGGAGAAAACCAACUGCGAACUGAAAGUUUGUUUCCAGUACAUGAACCGCGGUGACCGCUGGAUCCAGGAUGAAAUUGAGUUUGGCUACAUUGAGGCACCCCACAAAGGCUUCCCAGUAGUGCUGGACUCCCCUCGAGAUGGAAACCUGAAGGACUUCCCCAUUAAGCAACUCCUGGGCCCAGAUUUCGGCUAUGUGACCCGGGAGCCCCUCUUUGAGACUGUCACCAGCCUCGACUCCUUCGGGAAUCUGGAGGUCAGCCCUCCAGUGACCGUGAAUGGCAAGGCGUACCCGCUUGGCCGGAUCCUCAUCGGAAGCAGUUUCCCCCUGUCUGGAGGCAGGAGGAUGACCAAGGUGGUACGCGACUUCCUGCAGGCCCAGCAGGUGCAGGCGCCCGUGGAACUCUACUCCGACUGGCUGACUGUAGGCCACGUUGAUGAGUUUAUGACUUUCAUCCCCAUCCCAGGCAAAAAGGAAUUUCGGCUGCUCAUGGCCAGCACCUCCGCCUGCUACCAGCUCUUCCGAGAAAAGCAGAAGGCAGGCCACGGGGAGGCUGUUAUGUUCAAGGAGGUGACAGGGAUACCAACUAAGCAGGUGUGUGUCCCCCCGGACCUCAACGCUUCCUCUUUCCCCCUCCCCCAGCGCUGUCUGGACUGGAACCGCGACAUCCUUAAGAGGGAGCUAGCGCUGACUGAGAAGGACAUUAUUGACCUGCCGGCUCUCUUCAAGAUGGAUGAAAAUCACCAGGCCAGGGCUUUCUUCCCUAACAUGGUGAACAUGAUCGUGCUAGACAAGGACCUGGGCAUCCCCAAGCCUUUCGGGCCCCAGGUGGAGGAGGAGUGCUGCCUGGAGACGCACGUUCGAGGCCUGCUGGAGCCCCUGGGCCUUGCCUGCACUUUCAUCGACGACAUCUCCGCAUACCACAAGUUCCUGGGAGAGGUUCACUGUGGCACCAAUGUCCGCAGGAAGCCCUUCGCCUUCAAGUGGUGGCACAUGGUGCCCUGACUGCCUUUUCCUUUUCCUCCUCCGCUGCGGUCUCUGGGUCCUUCCUGUGCCCCCCAAGUCCUUCCCCUACAAGAAGCAGGUGGGAUUGGGGGAUAUAUGUGCCUUGCUGUCCCCUGGAGAAGGACCUCAGUGUCCAUUGAAGCCCCACCCCCACCCCAGUAAGCCCAGCCAUCCCACACCUGAAACUAGCGGGACAUGUGGUUAGUGUGCAGAGCCCUGGCCGGGGAAAGGGGACAUCAACAAAUCAUGUAGUCAGAUUGUCCCCAGGAAUUCUCAGCCUCUACUCCAGGUCAGAAUGAGGGAAGGGAGAAGGGAGGAUCUGAGGUCAUUGGCUCUCCCAGCAUCCAUCUGACAUUCAAGGUAGACCAGGAGAGGGUCCUGGCGUAGCUUGGAUGGUACACUCACUUCAAGUUCACCUCCCUCGGGGUCUCCUGGUGGCUCCCUGCACCUGUUCAUUCCUUACAGAUUCUGGUACACAUUGCAUCCCCACUCCCUGAGGGUCCAAUCAUUCAGCACAGAAUCUUCCAGAAAUAGGUCUUAGCAGAGGAGCAUUCUUCACUUUCUGUGGAUGUGGGCUGCCCAAAUUUAGGAGAAAGGGGAAGUUUCAGACUAGCAUCCACGGUCUAAAGUUUGGUAUAUGAAGAUGCUCCUGCCUGUCAAUGCUAUUUCUGUUCUCUUGCCUGGUCCUCAAUUCUCUGGCCAGUCCUUGGGCCUCUCUUCCCAUUGCUCUUCCUAUUUUGGACAUUGGCCCUCCAGCAGCUACACAGCCAGAUCCAGGCCUCCCGAGCGCCUGAAAAGCAGCCUAUCUCUCCUCAUGGAUGCUGGCCCCAGUGUCCAAGGAAGCUGGCCACGUUCCAGCCUCAGUGCUCCCUUCCCAGCUAGCUGCUGCUCCAGAGGAGGAAUUUCCCAGCAUGCUUUCCAAAGGCCACCCAUCCAGAUACAGGCAAAUUUACCCCUCGGCUUCCAUUAGAAAGGCCCCCAGGAGCUGCAGAGAUGGCUCAGCAAUAAAAAAUGCUUCCUGCUCUUGGAGAGGACCCAAGUGCAGUUCCCAACACCUGCAACUGUCUAUAAUCCCAGAUCCAGAGGCUCCAGUACCCUGUUCUGGCCCCUGAGGGCACUGCAUACAUGUGUACAAACCCAUACACAUAAAUACAUUUGUU